AUGUUGAAUAAUCAAGUAGUAGGCGAGAGCUUUUACACCGUCGGUUGGAUCCUCCACCUCCAUGCAUUUGGGUGGCUUCCUCACCAGCGUCAGUGCCAGGAAAAGCAGCCUCAGUCGUGGGUUCCGUCUACCACAAGCACGACCAUCCCCAUGGCUUCCCACAUUGCGGCAUCACCACAGACGACUGUGCACUCUUCUCCACAUAUUAGUUGCAUACCUACUUGUUGCAUGCCACCACCACUCUCGUGGUUUGGACAUCAUGAAUUGCUCGCAGCUGGAUAG